CAUCGCAGGAAUAAAGUCGAGGAAGCAGCGCGGAAGCCCCCGUGGGGAGGGAAAGAGAGGCGCAUAGAGAGAUAGACAGAGAGAGAGAGGAGUGCAAGGCAGUGGUGUCGAUAUUAAUGCAUUAACUUCCCCGUUCUUACUUUGUCGUCACGAGAAGCGCCAAAGGCAUCGAGGCAAAGAUUCCGGAAUUUUUUGCCACUGACAAUCCUGGCUGGCUUUGAUCUCUCUCUCCAAAGUUGGUUUCCUUCUUCGUUCAUUCUGGAAGAGUAGAUUUCCCGUCGAUGGUUCCGAUGUUUCUUCUUUUUCAUAUUUCUGUUCCCGCUUUUUCUUUUCCCGGGAAUCAACAGUUCUCCCCUUUCGCUUUUCUGGUUCUUAGCUCCCUUUUCUUUCUUUUCGCUUCUGUAAGAUUCUGGAGUUUGUCGCUUCGUUUUCUGUUUUGGUUACUUGGUGGGGGUUUGCAAGGGCUUGUUGUUCUUUUUCCUGCUUUCUAAAUUUUAGGCUAGUCAUAGUCCUUCAAGUCUGCUUUCUAUUUGGUUCGAGUUUUAUUGUGGAUUGUACUGAGUUUGUUGUUUUCUUGUGAGGAAACAUAGUUUUCGAACGGUAACGUACUGAUCUUGUUGAGUAGUAGGCGAAUUUUCUGGUUCUUCUCCUGAACAAUGUGAGAAUCGGGACGUGUUUGUUAUAAUUACUGCUUGGGUUCUUUUUCUUUUUUUCUUUGAGUCUAAUCACUUGCCUCUUCAAUUUUCUGUAAGUCGGUUUCUGGUAGUUAUCACGUUGUCUUUCUGCUUCUGCUAGAGGGCAAAGUUCAAACUCUUUUUUAUACUUGGUCAGUCCACCGAUUGCAUUUGUCAGUUCUUAGAUUGGACCAUGCAGCCUCGGGUUCAAUUGUGUGCAUGAACAUAUCUAUUUUGUUAUUGUAUAAACGAUCCUUUAUAAUUUUAUUUUAGGUGGAAUCGGGAUACAAUGGAAGAGAAGCCUUUCCCAGCGUGGUCUUGGCCUGUGGAUCAGUGCCUGAAAGAAUACAAUGUGAGAUUGGACAAGGGCCUGAAUAGCUAUGAAGUGGAGGAACGGCGUGAAAGAUAUGGUUGGAAUGAACUCGAGAAAGAAAGUGGAAAACCAUUGUGGAGGUUGGUCUUGGAACAGUUUGAUGACAUGUUGGUGAAGAUAUUGCUGGUGGCAGCUUUGGUAUCCUUUGUACUGGCUUACUUCCAUGCGGAAGAGUCUGGAGAGUCAGGGUUCACAGCCUAUGUUGAACCCCUUGUGAUUCUAUUGAUUCUAAUCCUCAAUGCAAUUGUUGGGGUAUGGCAAGAGAGCAACGCUGAGAAAGCAUUGGAAGCACUAAAAAAUAUGCAGUCGGAACAGGCUAAGGUCUUUAGGGAUGGCUAUCUUGUUCCAGAUUUGCCUGCAAGGGAACUCGUUCCUGGUGAUAUUGUUGAAUUAAGGGUUGGAGACAAGGCUCCUGCUGAUAUGAGAGUGGCAGAACUCAAAACUUCUACUCUGAGAGUGGAGGAAAGCUCCCUUACAGGAGAGUGUAUGCCUGUUCUCAAAAGUACAGCUCCCCUCUUUGGGGAUGACUGUGAAUUGCAAGCCAAGGAAUGCAUGAUCUUCUCUGGAACUACAGUUGUCAACGGGAGGUGCAUUUGCAUUGUUGUCAGCACAGGCAUGCAGACAGAAAUUGGGAAGAUACAGACUCAAAUUCAUGAAGCUUCAUUAGAGGAAACUGAUACACCAUUGAAGAGGAAGCUGGAUGAAUUUGGGGAGAAACUAACAGUGGCUAUUGGUUUUAUUUGCCUUCUUGUGUGGGUCAUCAACUACAAAUAUUUUCUGAGCUAUGAGAUUGUGAAUGGAUGGCCAACAAAUUUUCAGUUUUCCUUUGAGAAGUGCACAUACUAUUUUAAGAUAGCUGUUGCCCUUGCAGUUGCUGCCAUACCUGAAGGACUCCCUGCUGUUAUUACCACUUGUUUAGCACUGGGCACCAGAAAAAUGGCACAAAAAAAUGCUAUAGUUCGUAAGCUUCCCAGCGUGGAAACCUUAGGAUGCACGACUGUUAUUUGUUCAGAUAAGACUGGAACACUUACCACAAAUCAGAUGUCUGUUUCAGAAUUUUUCAGUUUGGGUGGGAAGACAACUACAUCCCGAACCUUCAAAGUUGAGGGCUCGACAUAUAACCCUAAGGAUGGUGGAAUUGUUGAUUGGAGUUACUAUAACAUGGAUAGUAAUUUGCAGGCAUUAGCUGAGAUUUGUGCUGUCUGCAAUGAUUCAGGUGUUUCCUGCAAUGGUUACAUAUUCCGUGCCACUGGAAUGCCUACUGAAGCAGCACUGAAGGUUCUGGUUGAAAAGAUGGGAGUUCCUGACAUGAAGGCAAAAAAUAGAAUUCGAAAUGCACAACUUGCUGCAGAUUAUUCCAUUGAUCGAACUACUGUUAAGUUGGGCUGUUGUGAGUGGUGGAAUAAAAGAUCAAAGAGGAUUGCCAGUUUAGAAUUUGAUCGAGUUAGAAGGUCUAUGGGUGUACUUGUCCGAGAGCCAACCGGUCGCAACCGUCUCCUUGUAAAGGGUGCAGUAGAGAAUGUAUUGGAGCGGAGUUCUCAUGUGCAGCUUGCUGACCAAUCAAUUGUUCCACUAGAUGAGACAUGUAGACAGUUAAUACUGUUGAAGCUCCUAGAGAUGAGUUCAAAGGGUCUACGAUGCUUAGGAAUGGCAUUCAAAGAUGACCUGGGAGAGUUUGCUGAGUACCAUGCAGAAAGUCAUCCUUCUCACAAGAAAUUGCUUGAUCCUGCAAACUAUUCUGCAAUUGAGAGCAAUCUAGUUUUUGUUGGUGUUGUUGGACUGAGAGAUCCUCCUCGUGAUGAAGUUCAUAAAGCAAUUGAAGACUGCAGAAAAGCUGGCAUCAAGGUCGUGGUGAUCACAGGUGAUAAUAAAUCAACAGCAGAAGCUAUAUGCCAGGAAAUUAGUCUCUUUUCUGGUAGGGAAGAAUUCAGAGGGAAGAGCUUCACUGGUAAAGAGUUCAUGAGUCUUCCCACAAGGCAGCAAAGAGAUAUCCUGUCCAGACCAGGUGGACUCGUUUUCUCACGUGCAGAGCCAAAACACAAGCAAGAUAUUGUACGCAUGCUGAAAGAUGCUGGUGAAAUUGUUGCAAUGACUGGUGAUGGAGUGAAUGAUGCACCAGCUUUGAAGCUGGCCGACAUUGGAAUUGCCAUGGGUAUUACUGGAACAGAGGUUGCAAAGGAAGCAUCAGACAUGGUUUUAGCAGACGACAACUUCAGUACAAUUGUUUCAGCAGUGGCUGAGGGACGUGCUAUCUAUAAUAACAUGAAAGCAUUCAUCAGGUAUAUGAUAUCAUCCAAUGUAGGAGAGGUUAUAUCCAUCUUUUUAACCGCUGCAUUGGGCAUCCCAGAAUGUUUGAUUCCAGUUCAGCUCCUUUGGGUCAAUCUGGUUACUGAUGGCCCUCCUGCGACAGCACUGGGUUUUAAUCCUCAAGAUGUUGACAUCAUGCAAAAGCCACCUCGCAAGCAUGAUGAUCCACUUAUAAAUGCUUGGGUUCUUUUCAGAUAUAUGGUGAUUGGUUUAUAUGUGGGCAUUGCCACUGUGGGGGUCUUCAUCUUGUGGUACACUCAUGGCUCUUUUAUGGGUAUCGAUCUUUCUCAGGAUGGCCACACCCUCGUCACCCUCUCCCAGCUCCACUCAUGGGGGGACUGCCAUUCAUGGACAAACUUUACAGCUACUCCAUUCUCUGCUGGUGGAAAAAUGGUCUCCUUUUCUGAUCCUUGUGAUUAUUUUACCACUGGAAAAGUUAAGGCCAUGACUCUCUCACUCUCUGUAUUAGUGGCCAUCGAGAUGUUCAAUUCGCUUAAUGCCCUAUCAGAAGAGAACAGCUUAUUUACCAUGCCUCCAUGGAUCAAUCCAUGGCUUUUGGUUGCAAUGACCGUGUCUUUCGGCCUUCACUUCCUGAUAUUAUAUGUGCCAUUCCUCACAGACGUGUUUGGUAUAGUGCCUUUGAGCUUUAACGAGUGGAAAUUGGUCCUCCUGGUUUCAGCUCCAGUUUUAGCGAUUGAUGAGGUCUUGAAAUUUAUUGGACGAAGAAGAAGAAGAAGGCUGAUAAAGCGCAAGCAGAAAUCUGUAUAGUCCCCUUCAGUAUGAUAUCAAGUUUUCUUCUUUACACUUAAUUCUUUAGGAAGUUCAUUCCAAAUGAAAGAAAGUAUGCUGCAUUUGUUUAUUGCAAGGGGAAAAAGAAGUAACUGAAAUAAUUCAUGUUAUGCCUUCACCAUGGAUUAUUCCUGUUCUACAUGUCAACUGUAAAAUAAUUCAUGUUAUGCCUUCUCCAUGGAUUAAUCCUGUUCUACAUGUCAAUUGUAACUGGUAUCCUGGACUUUGGGACUCGAGUAAUCUCAACAUUUCAAACAGUGGGUCAUUUGUUAGAAGACUGUCAA